AUGAGUGAGAAUAACGUUCAUACAAAGGUAUCAAUAAAGAUACCUCAAGUUGAUGGCAGCGUAGGUUCCAAAAAGUCUGCAGCUUUUGAAACUUUGUCAUUUCAAUUCAACAAAGAUGCAAAGGUACAAACCAUUCUAGAUGUUUUAGCUGUCGCUAAUGAAUCAAAAUAUCUGACGAACAUUGAAUUAACCCAAAAUGGCGAUGUCUUAAGGGAUGAUCAACUUAUCAACGAGUUGGUCAUGAAUAAAAAAGGCGAUGCUAUGGAAGUUACAGCAAAUUUGAGACCAUAUACCACAAGAGAGGUAUUGAAACACACCUUAGCUGUACGUGAAUUUACUGGUUUUACUUCUGAAACUGAAGAUGGACUAUCUGAAUUUGCCCUUUCUACAGUCGUCAAGUUCCCAUUCCUUUCUCUUGAUGAAAUCAAAGAAAAGAAGACUGAAAUCAAUGAAGAGAAAGCAAAGGAAACUGAAGCCAAGAAACACUUAUUGAAUGUUACUGAUGAAGAAAGAGAUAAAACAGUCAAGAUGAUUCAUGAAGUGUUUAAUUCUUUCAAGAAUUCUUCUGUUAAGGAACUUUUCAAUGGUGAAAAAAAUUUGAUUUCACCUUGUCUUCGUUCUUUGAACAUAUCCCAAUAUAAUCCUGCGCCUGCUUUCUAUAAAUCUAAAGGACAUCUUCUAUAUUUACAUGCUGUUACAUUAGAGGGAGAAAGCGUCCAUAUCACUGCAGUUCCUUCUGGUUUCUAUAUCAAUAAGUCAACCAACAUAAAGUUUGAUCCAUACCCAAGAGAAUCAGAAGAUGGCGCCCAUUCAAAUGCUCCAAUAUUUAACAGUCUUAUGAGCUUAUUAAGUGCUCAUUCUAAGAAAUUCUCUUCACAUGUUGCACAACUAGAGGCAAAACUAGCAAAACUAGAAUCUGUUGCAUAUGUGAGACCACAGACAUGCCACUUACAUAAACCGUGGAUAAUCUCCUCUAAUCAAGCCCAAAAUGCUGACUUUUCACGUUUGCAAAAUAAAUUGAUAGGUAAUGCUAUCAAUCCAGAAAGAAACUUCAAUGAUGAAUUCCAGGCCAUCAAGGACUUUCCAAAUGCUACUAUAUCAACUCGUAUUGAAUCUGAAAGAAUCUUAGCCAAAAUUAUUCAUGAAUUCUCUGUCUCAGCUACUAAUGGAGCUAUGGAUAUUUUCUAUAAGAACUUUAUUGCCAUGAACCCAGAGGCCUCAGAGAAAGAGCAAAUUUUCUUGAAAAAUAACAUUUUCUACUCUUUUGUAAGUGAUGUCAGUGGUGUAUAUGAAUCUAAGGGUGGCGAUGAAGCCGCCAGAGUUGCUGCUAAUCAGGAUUUGCUGACUAUCAAUGUUUUGAACAGAGUUGGCCUAAAAGAUGUUAGACAUGUUUUAACAACCAUUAUUGACUUCGGUGGUAAGAGAUUAUUAGCUCAAACCCCGGUUCCAGGUUUAUUGGGAAACAUGGGUGUUGAAACUACUCAAAGUGAGAAGGCAGGUGAAGAAAUUGUGAAAGAUUUGGAUAACGAUGUAAACGUAAAGUAUGGUUUCGAUGAAACCUGCAAAAAAGUAUUAAAAGAUGAGGCGUUUGAUGACAUUUUGAGUAAAGAAUUUUCCAAGGUCUUCCAUUUGAAGAAAGCUGACGAUAAUGAUGUUUGGUUUUCUUCUUCAUCUAAGGGAAUCAUUGGUUUUGAUAAAAGGAAGUACGUCUUAGACCUAGCCGACACAUACCCAAUUGAUAUUAAUUUUGCUAGGGAAAACUAUGACAGCAAAUCCGACGAUGAUAACCGUUAUCCUCAUAGACAUACUUUACUACGUCCAGAGUUAGUUGAAAAAUGGUGGACUGAAAAAGUUGAAGCUGAAGAAGGUUUAACCACCAACGACGCUUACGACCAAAGAAAGUUCACUUAUAACCCAGAUGCAUACCACAUUGAGGGCGUUGAAGAUAACACUGUUGAAGAACUUUCCUCAUACUUAAAUGAUGAGGUUAUCCCUAACCUGGUCAAUGACUUUGCCCUUGGAAAUCUUUCUCCACCAUACACAGGAUCUCAUUUAAAGGACAUUCUGCACAAGAGUGGUAUCAACUUACGUUACUUAGGUAAAAUUGUUAAAUUAGCCAACGACAAACUGACUGGCCAGAUAAUGAAACACGAACAAAAAUUAAAUGAUGUUGUUGUGAAGAAUAGGGAACACGAUGCAUGGGAGGCAGCUUACUUGUUGAAAAUUGAAAGUUUGAUUAAAGAAAGACAAGCAAAGAUAAAUCAAUAUAUUCAAGAAGGGAAAGACGUUCCAAAAGAGUUAACUGAAGAUUUAAAGCUUGAUGAAAGUGAAAUCAAGAAGCCAACAAAUGAAGAACCAGUUUUAGUCUCCAGGGAUGAACUGUUGCCGUUCAUAAAAAUUGCUGAAAUUGAAAUCGUUUCUCGUUCGAUCAAACACAUAUUGAGAUCUUACGCAAAAUCCUUACCAGUUUCCGCUGUCCCAUCCUUGGUUGCAUAUGUUUUCAACUUGUUAUUUGGUACUAAGUAUUGCGAUACACCAAGACCUGAAUCUAUUGAUCACCUCUUUUCAGUGGAAUCAUUCCAGUUCUCAACAUUAACACGUAUGGAUUUAUUGAAUGCUAUUUCCAAAGAAGCUUCUGUCCGCUUCUGUCACGAGUUAAGUGUUUCAUCUAUUGAACAAUGUACUGAGAGUCCUUUCAUUUUAAUCAAAGAAAUUGCUAAUAAGUUUGGUGUCCAAUUAUUGAAUAAAAACUACUUUUUCACAGUGGAAGAAUUCGAAGAUUAUAAGUUAUCCCAAGAUAAGAAAGUCAGAAACAAAUUGGUAGCUCCAACUUAUACCUUCUCUAAGGAAGAUAUUAUUAUUAGACCGCUUGUUAAGUCAUCUAGUUUCUCUUCCAUCACAAGUGAAGAUUUCUGGACUCAAGGUACUUCAUUGCUAGGAGAAGAAGGUAAACAAAGCGAAGCCAUAACUUUAAUGGCCCAAUCUCUUGCCAUUUUAGAAGACGUUAAGGGGAUUGUUCAUACUGAUGUAGCUGAAAGAUAUCUAAGAUUGGCUACUGUUUACAGUAAGAUCAAUCUAAUUCCUGAAGCAAUUGCCUUCUGCCGUAAAGCUUGUACCAUCUAUGAAAGAACAUGUGGUAUCGACUCUUUUGAGAUGCUGAGAGCUUUGAACAACUUAGCAUUACUUGAAUUGACGAAUGAAAGUCCAUACAAUGCUACCCUCAUUUACAACAAGAUUAUCGAAGUCAUGUCUGUCUUUAACUUACCAAAAUUCCAUCAUCCAAGCGCUUCAAAUGUUUACAACAACUUGGAACAAAUAUCCUUGGGUAUUGAUAACGUCAAAUUGACUAUCGACGUGCUGAACCAGCUUGGUGCCUUCAUUGCUGAACUGGAUGGUGACAAGAACAUAGCCUAUGGUUACAACGAAUCACGUUUAGGUAACUUAUAUGCUACAGUCAAGGACUACCGGUCAGCUAUACAACACAUUGCCAAGGCAGAAAAUAUUUUCACUACGGAAUUAGGUUCUAACCAUACCAUGACACAGACUGCCAAACAGUGGAGCAAUGGUCUCGGUAAUUUGAUCAAAGAAAUGCACCAAAAGAAGCAACUUCAACAAGAUCAAAUGUCUGCCGGUAAAACUGUUGCAGCCCAAUCUAGCAACACAUCUGGCCAACGUAGAAAGUCACAUUCUUCCAAAAAAGAGGCAGUCCCAAAUCCAGAAUUAGCCGGUAAAUCUGUUGAUGAGUUGUUAACUUUUAUUGAGGGUGAUGAAAAGAAGUCAAAGUCCUCAAAAGGGAAGAAAAAAAACAGUAAGAAAUGA